AUGCCGCAGCUUUUCCCGCCCAAUCCAUCGGACCUGAUGGUCAUCCGCGCAGUGACGCCUGGCAUCAUUACCAUGAGCCUGCCAUUCGCGCGGUUCGGAAUCUUGCGUUUCGGCGGUCGAGGCACGCUGGUCAAGCUCUCCACGGGCGCCCUCGCCGUGUUCUCACCCGUGAACCUCACCCCGGAAGUCCGCGAGCGGGUCGACUCGCUCGGGGGCAACGUCAAGUACAUCGCUGCUCCCGAUCUCCAGCACCACCUGCACAUCUCAGCCUGGAGGAAGGCCUAUCCUCAGGCCGAAAUAUUGGCCCCCGAGGGCCUGUGGGAGAAGCGAAACAAGAACCCCGAGUUCAAGGGCGAGGAGCCGUUCCAACACGUUUUCAAAAAGGAUGCCAGCCCCACGAUCUCGGAGGAGUUCGACGCUGAAUUUGAGACCGAGUAUGUGCACGGGCAUGGGUCCCGCGAGCUGGUCUUUUUGCACCGUCCUUCGCGCACGGUCAUCGAGGCCGACAUGCUCUUCAACCUGCCUGCCACUGAGCAGUACUCCAAGGCUCCCGAUGCCAACCCGUUGAACUUCCUCACCAAGAUUUUUAAACCCAUGCUCUCGACCGGUGCGCCUGCGACUGGUCAGCGUCGCUUUGCUUGGUAUAUUCUGUCGCAACAGGAUCGCGCGGCUUUCACCGCAUCUGCGAAGCGCAUUAGUCGGUGGGACUUUGAUCGGAUUAUUCCGUGCCAUGGGGAUGUCAUCGAGGUUGGGGCCAAGGGGGUAUGGCAGGAUGUGAUGGCAUGGUUUCUGCAGGACGACUCCAAGCAUGUCUAA